AAAGAAAGAAAGAAAGAAAGAAAGAAAGAAAGAAAGAAAGAAAGAAAGAGAAAGAAAGAAAGAAAGAAAGAAAUGAGAGAGAGAGAGCAAGAGAGAAAGAAAGAAAGAAAUGAGAGAGAGAGAGAGACAGACAGACAGAGACAGAGAAAAUGAGAAAGAAAGCUCUUCCUCUUUCUCACUAUUUUUUCUGUUGGGGAGCCUGGAUAUGUGUCUGCUUAG